GACGCCGCGUUAUGGCUGGUUUUUUCGCAAUGAGGGGCUUCCCGGGAGUCAUCGGUUGUGUUGAUUGCACCCAUGUACGAAUAAUUUCUCCCGGAGGUGAGGACGAACCGUCCUAUGUAAAUAGGAAAGGUUUCCACUCCCUCAAUGUGCAGGCAACGUGCGACCAUAAAGGGAUGUUCACUAGCAUAAACGCAUGUUGGCCUGGAUGCUGUCACGACUCGCACAUUCUUCGGAUGUCUAACAUUGGACAGCAUUUGGCCAGUCACCAUCAAGAUCCUGAGCGUGGAUAUUUACUGGGUGACAGCGGUUAUCCGUGUCGUCCUUUUUUGAUGACUCCCUUCAUGCAGCCAGUGUCAGAUGCUCAGCAGAGAUACAAUACCGCUCACAUCGGCACACGGAAUUGCAUAGAAAGAGCCUUUGGAGUUUGGAAAAGGACGUUCCAUGUACUCCAUGGGGAGAUACGCAUGAAACCCACCAAGGUCACGCGAAUUGUGAUAGCCUGUGCCGUACUGCACAACUUGAGAUUGAUGUGGGGUGAACCACCAAUGGAUCCAGAACAGCUGGAUGACGUACCACAAGGCGACAUGUUUCAAGCGGCAAAUGAUGGCAGACGAGUUCGGGACACAAUUGUUGCCAAUUACUUUAUGUAA